AUGGUGAACUAUUGUCACCGUUUUCUUCCCUAUGGUGCCACCAUACUGCAGCAAUUCAACAGCCUGUUGGCCCACUCCAAGAAGACACUAGUAAUGACUGAGGAGGCCAUCAAGUCCAUCUAUGACGUCAAGAUCGCACUUGCGAACGCAACACUGUUUGCACACCCCCUCGCUGAUGCCCAACUAACUCUCAUGGCAGACGCUUCCAGCACUGCCGUUGGCGCAUCACAUCAGCAAACUGGUAGUGGUGUUCUACAGCCUCUGGCUCUCUUCUCAAAGAAGCUAAGCCCAGAAGAGACCCGCUACAGUGUUUUCGGCCGAGAACUGCUCGCCGUCUGCUUAUCCAUCCGGCACUUCCGAAAUUUCCUCGAAGGUCACGAAGCUUCCAUUCUAACAGAUCACAAGUCAUUCGCUUUUACACUGAGGGCCUCUCCCGAUCAAUACGCGCCCAGUGAAAUUCGUCAUCUCGAUUUCAUCUCACAGUUUUCCUGCGACAUCCAACAUGUCCAUGGUAAGGAAAAUGUGGCUGCUAAUGCUCUUUCAGGAAUCGAGAUGGCUUCCGUCACAACAGACGUCAUAGACUUCACACUCAUGGCGGAUGCUCAAGGAUCAGAUGGCGAACUCUUCCAAUAUCGCCAUGAGGAUUCUUCUUUACGCCUUCAUGUUGUCCCCCUUCCCACUUGCAAUGGCACUAUAACGUGUGACCUUUCUGCCGGACGCGAACGUGCUUUUGUCCCAGCAACUUUACGACGACAGGUGUUCAACGCCCUUCACAAUCUAUUCUACCCUGGAGUCUGGACGACAGUGAACCUAAUCACUGACCGAUUUGUCUGGCCAAACAUCAACCGGGAUGUUCGGCGUUGGACCCGAUCCUGUUUACCAUGUCAGCGCGCCAAAACGCAUCGGCAUACUAUCACACCUAUGCUGAACAACGCUCAAUAG